AGUGAGAGCCCGCGCAAAAGAUGGCCAGCAGCCCGCCGCCGAAGCGCCCGCGCACGGACGGCGCGGCGCAGCACGCGGCGAAGCCCAAGGUGUUCAACGACUCCAUCCUCAAGCACAUCGAGCUGCACCCGGCGUGCAUCGCCGUCGUCGACACGCGCGAGUUCCAGCGGCUGCGGCGCCUCAAGCAGCUCGGCCCGACGGAGUGGGUCUUCCCCGGCGCGACGCACCAGCGCUUCGCGCACUCCAUCGGCGUGUCCUACCUCGCCGGCCGCCUCGUCGAGCGCCUCCAGCGGAACCAGCCGGAUUUGGGCAUCGACGCGCGCGACGUGCUCUGCGUCAAGCUCGCGGGCCUCUGCCACGACCUCGGCCACGGCCCGCUGUCCCACACCUACGACGGCAAGUUCGUGAAGAAGGCCUGGGCGAGGCGCGGCAUAGAGAGCGACUGGUGCCACGAGCACUCGAGCGCCGAGAUCUUCGCGCGCGUCGUCGAGAGGUACGGGCUCAUGCGCGGCGCCUUCGCGACCUACGGCCUCCGGGACGACGACGUGCACUUCGUGCAGGAGCUCAUCUACGGCGACGAGGCCGACGCGCCGCGCGGCUGGACCUGGAAGGGCCGCGGCGCGGAGAAGCGGUUCCUCUUCGAGAUCGUGUCGAACCACCGCAACGGCAUCGACGUCGACAAGCUCGACUACUUCGAGCGCGACUCGCACCACUGCAACAUCCCCAUCUCCUUCGACUCGGAGCGGCUCCUCAUGCACGCGCGCGCGAUCCGGGACGAGAACGGCGUCAUGACCAUCGCGUACGCGGAGAAGGAGGUCUGGAACGUCUACCACCUGUUCCACACGCGCUUCAAUUUGCACAAGCGCGCCUACCAGCACCGGGUCGCGCACGCCAUCCAGGAGAUGCUCUGCGACGCGCUCUUGGAAGCGGACGACUACUUCACGCUCGAAGGCGCGGGCGGCGCGGCGGUCCGCCUGAGCGACGCGAUGCGCGACCUGGACGCCUACGCGCAGCUGAGCGACACGGUCUUCGACCUGAUCAAGUACGAGGCGCGCCGCGACCCGCGGCUCGCCAAGGCCGCGGCGCUCAUCGACCGCGUCGACCGGCGGAGCGCCGGUUUGCUCUACCAGCACGUCGGCGAGAUCGUCGUCCCCAAGGAGCACGAGGUGAACCUCCCCGACGAGGCGGGGCUCCUCGAGUCGAUCCUGCGCCACGCGGAUAAGGAGCAGCUGGAAAACCUGCGAACGCACGCGUACGUCGACAAGUUCGCGAUCAACUACGGCAUGAAGGACAAGAACCCCGUGGACUCCGUGUGCUUCUAUCUCCGGGAGGACGACACGGAGGGCCGGCGGCUGCGGCGCGACCAGGUGAGCUGCAUGGUGCCGAACCAGUUCGCCGAGUACUACGUCCGGCUCUACGUCCGGGAGAACGACCCGGCGCUGAAGCGCGCGGCCAAGGCCGCGCUGCUGGACUGGGAGCGCGACUACCUCGGCCGGUCGUCGGACUCGGCCAUCGCGCCGUCGCCGACGAAGGCCGCGAUCUCGCGGUCCAACUCGCUCCAGAAGCCGCCGCGGCUGCCGGCCGUGGCCCAGCCCGACCUCCCCCGGCCGCCGCCCAAGGCCGACUUCGGCCACUUCCAGGCCGCGGGGCCGUAAACGGAGCAAA